UCUUUUAUCUUUUAUUUCAAAUAUGUCUCAACCGUUAAUUGGUAAUUUUUUUAAAUUUAUGAUGUUUAUUUAACGUAUUGUAAACGUCAGCGGUAGUUCAGCUAAUUCAAACAUCCAUGAAAUGUUCCAAGAACGUUUCCAAAUCGUUCGUAUAAUAUUUGUACGAUAUUUUCUUAUCUUAGCUGCAGUUUUCCAAGUACAUUGUAUUGACAGCAUUUUAACUUGGAACUGUCCAUUUGAAUUGUUACUAUAUUUUAAAAAAAAAUAUCAAAUCUAGUGAAAUACAUUUUUUAAUAAGCAGGUUUUAAACAUAAUAAGUGAUGUUUAAUUGACUUAUUUAAACAUAAGCGAAUGUUCCGUUGAUUCAAACAUCAAACACGUAUUUUGAAAAUGUUAUCAACAACGGCACACUACAUUUCCUUACUAUUUACUCAGCAUAUUGACUACAGUAGUACAAGUAUAUUGAAUUCACGUCAUUAAGCAUUUCUGUACUGCUACUAAUGUUUAAUUGAUGCUGUGAAAAUACAACAACCACUCAAACAUAUAUUAAAAAUAAUUAAUAUAGCGCUGGUGAUGGUUUCGUCUAUUCAAACAUUUAUAAAAUUAAAUACGAAUUUUAGUAUCACAACAUCAUAUCAUCAUAAUAACAGUUUUAAAAACAUCUUUAAGCAUUGCUAUAAAUACGCGGGGUUCAGGUAACAUGUUCAAAACGUAGGGAUACAAAUUUGGUAAACUUCUAAAUAAUGCCAACAAAUAUAAAUUUAGCGAAAUUUGUUUUCCGGCUAUAAAACCUGUUUCAAACAAUUCACAAUAAUUAGAUGACUUUUAUUUAACACGUCAGAUAAAUAUCCAAUUAGGGCAUUUGCAUAAUGUUAUCACAACUUGUUUUUUACAGAAUAUUUCUAUGCUGUAUGUUAUUUUAAAAUGUUUUAGUCACAACAUCGGUGCAACCUUUAAAAGAUGGUGCAACAGCAUUAUGUGUUCGGAUGCAGACCAAGAUUGUCGUCUCGAUCCCCCUCCAAAACUAAGCGUAUGUGUUUGCUUUUGUCGUGGCGAAUCUGUUUUUGCCACGGUACUUUGGUUUUUCCGUAGUGAAUUUGUUUUUUGCCGGAGCGUCUUUUUUUACCGUGGCGUUUCAGCUUUUGCUGUGGCGCUUUUGCUUUUGCCGUGACAGUUAUGGGCCACCGUAGAUACAGCCCGGUUGACAAGAUACAUCGCAGGGAUGCGGCCAAGCUGAGUACUGCGUGUAGCCUGGAUGGAGUACACGGCAGUACACCAAUGCACCGGCACAGCACAAGGUCUCUUAGCUUCCAAACCAAAUGCUGCAAACUGUAUGUAUGCCCGAGUAAGUCAUGUAAGUUGGAAACUUCUACUAUUUAGACCUUCGACAAGACUACUGCAGCAACAGUUCAUGGAAGUGAUGGUACCAUUAGGCCUUCGAUUUUGAAUGACGUUCACGACUGCCUUUCAGGACCCAAUUAAAUAGUAUUCCUUGAGCUGCUAGCACAUCUCUCCUUUCUUGGCAGGAAGGACACAGAGAACAAGGCUCCAUAUGUAGACUAUGAGUAAUUCAAAGAUAGAAAGGUGCAUCAUUGCCAGUUGGUGACUGUAUGGCCCCUUCGUUGGGAAGGCACAGCAGAUUCCAAUGUGUGAUGUUAACACUGCACAGAUGCUGUUGACCUGCAUAUUCAGCCUUCAUACAUAAAUGUAUCACACCCAACACUGUUGUCCUCAUCAGGUGAAAUAGUGCCUCCUCUACCCCUUUUGCCUCCUUCAUUCUCUUCACCCUUCACUCAUGUCUUCCAGUGAGAAGCUAUCACACCAAGAGUCCUCAGGGAGUGUUGGGCAGAUGGUGUCCCAGCGCCUCUCCCCAUCAUUGAUCAACUUAGAGCAUCUGUCAGAGGAAGAGCGUAACAUCAUUCUUUUGGUACUGGAACGUGAUGAACAGCUACGACAGCAUGACCAAGAACGAGUCAAGAAGAGAGCAAGGACAUUGAAAAAUGAACUCUAUGAGCUGCGUAGGAAAGGUGCUGUCAAAGCAGCUGAUGAGAAUGACAACACCCGUGCCUGCAUACGUUGCCGGGAGCCCCUUGGCCUCUUGUUCAACACUGGUGACAGCUGUCCAAAGUGUCAACACAAGGUGUGCAAGGCUUGUCAGGUGAUAUUGCCAAGUGGAACUCGGUGGCUGUGUACUGUCUGUCACAAAAACAUGCAAAUUCAACUUGAAACUGGAGAGUGGCACUACUCCAAACUGCAAGUUGACAGUGUUCCACUAUUUGGUUCUGACCUUGUGAAGGCAUCAUUGGCUAAAGCUAGGCAUUCUCAGAAGGAUCCAACCACUCUCCCUAUACUGACUGCAUCAGAUCUCAGAUCAGACACACGCGCAUCCUUGCAAGGGAAGCAACACAGUGACCCAGGAAGAGGACGGCACCAUAAAAGGCGGCAAGACAGUCGCACAUCUUCAGAAUACGCCAGUUCCAGGCAGGAUAGUUGGCGAAGUGCCAGCUCUGGUUCUGAGCCAGUGUCAGUGACAGAUUCAUCAGAGGUUGAUGCUGUCAUAGAGCCCAUCUCUGGGUUCACAUUCCAGCGGGUGUCUUUCAGAAAGGAUCAUAAAGGUUCGGAAAAGCAGGAGUCAUCAAAGGGAACUCUAGAUCAAGGACGGGAUAGUCAAGAUAUGGGAUGUGUGUGUUCAGAGCAAGAGUCUUCCUGUAUUCCAGCUGGCCUACCUGAAGAUGAUCAAGAUUAUUACAUCAAGUCUAAUGGCAAAACACCAGUCAGUAAUUAUACCAGUGACUCCAUUGAAGCCCCAGUUAUCUCAGUAAAUGUUGUGGAUGACAGUAAAGGAAAAGAAGACUCUGAAGAGGAGGACAUUGACCAGCAUUUCAUGGUGCAUGGUAGGCUGACUCCAGAUAACAGAAAUCAAUUUGGGAACUAUAAUGCCAGUACCUCCCAACCUGACACUGAUAGUUCCCCUGACAAAGCCACCUUCCCUCAGUUGUCCAAUGAGGAUAGUUUGAAUGAGGAAAGUCAGCCUGUGGGUGAGGAGAAUGGACAGCGAGAAGCCACGAGUGCUAGCAUUGCCUCUGGCUUGCAUCUCUCUGUAGAUGAUACAUCAUCACCAGAGGUUCAACCCCCAUCCACUGUACACACUUUCACCAAGACUGGAAGCAUUGGGAAUAACCGAUCUCGUUCCUCAGUGUCCUCACUCCAGAGGCGGACACAAACAGGGAGCAACCUCAGCAAGGUAAAAAUGACACAUGAAACAGCAGUAGGGGGUGCAAGGAGGUGCUGCUCAGAUCCUGCGGCUUCAGGAAUGGGAAGCUCAGUGAGCAUGACAAGUUUGUACAGCCAGGCAGGAGAGGCGAAUUAUGGGAAAUAUGUCAUUACUGGAGACAUCAAUUUUGGGCUGAAUUACAACUACAAAACAAGUGUCUUUGAGGUCAAGAUCAAAGCUUGUCGUGACCUUGCACCAGUGGAUGUGAAGAAAAUUAAAUCAGACCCAUAUGUGAAGACGUACCUCCUCCCUGACAAAACCAAAGCCAGCAAACGGAAGACGUUUGUCCGUAAGGGAACAGUCAACCCCCAGUUUGAGAUGACUUUAAGAUAUCACAUCUCUCAAAGUGAACUGGAGACAAGGACACUGAGUGUGACUGUGUGGAAUAAUGAUGCUUUUGGAAGGAAUGACUUUCUUGGAGAGGUUCUUGUUAACAUGGAUUCAGUCAAUUUGGAUGACUACAAGCCACGAUGGCAUCAACUUUGUAAUAAGUCCCAGCCAGCAGAGGGUGCUGUCGCAUAUAAGGGUGACCUGACCAUAUCGCUGAUGUACUCAGAUACACUCACACAGGAGGCAGAGGAGAAAAACUCCAAGAAGAAGAAGAAAAAAGAUAAAAGCAAGAAGUUGGGGAAGACUCAUCCAUCAGCUGAUGAGGGAAAAGGAGUGUUGUAUGUCAAAGUCAUUGAAGCCAGGAACUUGGUUGGUGUGCGCAUGGGUGGUUCUUCCAAUCCAUUUGUAAAAGGCUAUCUGGAGCCAGACAGAUCCAAAACUGGAAAGCAUAAAACAGCUGUUCUUCGCGGAACUUGCAACCCUCGUUGGGACCAUGUUAUGGCAUUUGAGAAUGUGUCCCUGAAGUCUCUGAAAGAGCGAUGCCUGGAGUUGACUGUUUGGGACCAUGAAACACUCUCCUCUAAUGAAUUCCUCGGUGGAACUAGGUUAAACUUGGGCACAGGUGAGUACCAGAGGAAACUAGCCGGCUGGAAUGAUGCCACAGGAGAAGAGAUGAAAGCAUGGGAGCAGAUGUUGAAGACUCGUGGACAGUGGAUCAGUGCUACCAUCAUACUCAGACCUAGUAUGAUCAGUAGGUUACAAUUCACUUAGCACUACCUGCCGGAAGUCUCUACCUGCAGCAGACUACACAUUUGUAUGACUUGAAAAUAAUGUUUCUUUCAAUGCAAAUUAAUACAUCUUUGUAUAGUAUUCUCAUAACUAGAAAUAGGAAAUAGGACUCUCUUCUGAUCACUCGCAGGCCCGAGGAGGCAUGGGUGUGCACUAGUGACCAAGUUUGACCAGUCCAUAUGUUUUAUAAUACACUUCAAACUAGAAAAAUAUUCUUUCAGGGGCUUAGCUGUUUUAAUUCAACUUUCAAUGGCACUUCAAAAAUUGCAUACAAAUUGAAGGUUCAGUUUAGUGUCCCUUGACGCUGUCUGAUUUUGAGUUGCUGUACUUGCAACACGGAAAAGAAUUCUUCCAGGGAUUUAACUGUUUAAAUUCAACUUUUCACUUUACAACCUCUAGAGGGCACCAUAACCAGUCAAAAAUUUUCAAGACUAGGCACAAGUCUCUGGAAUGGAUGUGCUCACAAUAUCUAGGUACAUGUUGAGUACUAGCCCAUAUUAGUGAACCGCAUGUGACCUUAUUUCAGCCUACCAGGAUAAAGAAUUAGGAAGAGGUGUGUUCUAACAUGAGGUAUAUCAGUGUGUUAGCUCUGUGCAAAAGAAGGCACUUUUUGUUCAGGGUUAAAGAACUUGCAUUUAACCUGUAAAUUCCAUAUCAUAUGCAAAUCAGGUACGGUGGGAUUUUACCUUAGGCCAAAAAAAGUAUUUUGUCUCUAGUCAGACUGAUUUUCUGGAAUACGGGUUAUUCACAAUAUUGCGCCCCCAAGAGUUUGCAACGCAUUAGCCAGUAACAUUGUUCAACGUACGAAAUCUGUUGCACAUCGUGAUUGGCCAACAUGUUUCAAUCUCUUGGAGAUGCACUAAGGUGAAUCGCCCAUAUUGAUGUGGCGAUGCUUUUUUUUCCUUCCAGGGUUUGAUUGUACAGACAGGUGCACACACACAUUGGCGAGUCAUGGGACUAGACCAGUUUUAUUAUGAUUAUAAACUGACAACAAACAACUUUAUAUCCAUAGUCUGCUAUCAUUGUUCAACAUCGAUUUCGUCAGGAUCUAUCAAAGUGCGGUAAUAGAGGGCACUUUUGCAGCCCUCGCACAGAAAAAAAAGAUUGACGUGCAUACUUGAAAUCGAUGCAAGUGCUGACCAGAGACAGAAGACCUUUUGGGGGGGGGCCUUACAAUGAGAACAAGGUGGACUGGUUCCCAGUCCCUUCAAACUAGGAAAGAGGGAUAGAAACUAGCAUGGAACUGAAAAAUCUCUUCUCACAGACAUGCAAUUAAUUAUGCUCUAGGAAAAUGGUCUGUAGGCUGCCCCUUCCUUACACUUGUUUGUUCACAUUUAUAUCUUGCUAGGCAUUUUACAGCAUCUGUAUUUUACAUAUUCUACCUUGUUCAUAAAUAACUGAGUUGUAUGCUGUGGUGAUUGUUACUAGUCAGAACAUGUUGCUUUACUAAGAACUUUUAUGUGUUUUCCAGGUAAUAUGUUGAUUUUUCCAUUUCAGUAAUAAUAGUUAAUAAUUAUAACAUUUUGAUCUCAUUUAUUUUCCAAAAUGCAAUAGUAUGGGUUGAAAAGCUUUCCAAUUUAAUUUAAGAUGUACACAUUUAAGGCAUUUUCCUCAUGCUGCCACUUCUUUGGUUGGUAUCCAUUUUCAUUUUUUUUGAACUCCAAAUUACAAAUUGCAUCAUUCAAUUUAAUCGUACACAAUUUGUCAUUCAAUUUUGUCACCUCAAUUUAGUGAGGUAUUUGCUUUUGAUUCUGACUUUCAGGCAGUAUGUAACCAAUGUACAUGUAGUACUUUGCGCAUUCCAAGAAUGUGAACAUGGUUAAAUCUCACAAAGAAUCGUGUGAUCUACAGUACAAUUAGUUUCAAGUGUUCGUAGAAUUAUUUGAUAUGUUUGUUUUUCCAGUUUCGUUGAGUAAUAAUCAUUGUAUAUAUGUUAUCUAGUGGUGUAUUUAAAUUCCAGUGUAAAAAUGUUAAAUAUAUUGCCAUUUAUGCAUCAUUCAACCACAUGUUUCUGGCCCACGACUUGGGUUAAAUUGAAUGCUUCCUGAUACAAGUGCAACAUCACUGUUUUGAACACAACAGGGUUCAUUCAAUGAAUAAUAAUGUUCAGAUUUCAAUUUUUUUCAAACUUUUCCUGAUCAUGUACUUGAAAACUAAAUUGAACACUCAAUUCAAUCAACUGCGCAUGAUCUUAAGGUGGAUUCAAAUUUAGUAAAACAAUGAAUUACUGUAGACGCUAAUUUGGGAAAUAAGUUCCAAUACAUUGAAUUUAAAAAAAUGUAUUUCAAUUUUUUAUUUGUCUGAUAUGCAGCAAAUAUUUUGUAAUUUAUGGAUUAUUUAAUUUCUUACAAGAAUGAGAAACACACAAAAAUAUGCAGUUUGCUGAGUUCAAUAUUUAAGCGUUCAGAAGUACUGUUUUAAUAUGUGUAUGUUGCAGCAAAUGAGGGAAUUAACAUUUAAUGAAAAUCACUAUGCAUAAUUAUGUUUGAUUACUUUGAACACUUUGUUGUCUGUCUAUGCAUGAAUCGUCCUUACAAAUGGAAAUACAUGUACAUGUAUUUGGUAAGUUAGAAAAAUCAGUAGAUGCUAUGAUUUAGAAACAUACCAUCUUACAUCAUUUAAACAAGUGUUUUCAAACCAUUAUAAAGCGGAAUUUUUUGUCAGGGCUUACUAUAUUCCAAUCAAAUGAAUUAUAUCAUUUUAUCAGUACAUCUUUGCAACCUGUUUGUAUACUGUUAUAUGAUAUAUCCUUUUGCUGCCUUUCUUGUUGAUUUCACAUUUAUACAGACGCAUGUUUAUUUACUCACAGCAAUUGCGUCAGAAUAUUCUCUCGUAGUGAUAAGCUGUUGUGAAUAGGACAAGAUUGAGCGGCACUUUUGGGGCCUUGUGUAGUAACUCUACAGACGGAUGCAUGGGUAGAUUACAGUUGUCACUUUGAACUAAGGAAGCCGUUAGCCUUUGACAUGUUUAUUGAACUAUUGAUACACUUUUGGUAGAACUCACUUCGCAAAAGUGCCUUGAAGUAACACUUGUCUUGCUUCUCAAUAUGUAGAAAAGGGCCCUUGGAUAAGUUAUUAUUUAGGUCACUUAUUACUUGUAUUAAGUAUAUAAUACCUGUACAUCUUGUAUGAGAUGGCAUACGUCUGACUUGCCAUAGUCGUGCUGUUGUGGGGACUUGCAUCUGUGUCUUACUUCAAAUGGUUGAAUAUUUGUGUGCCAUUUUACAGUAUCAUGAACUUCUUCAUCUGGAGAAUUCAUUACUCAAGCCUGAGUGGCAUCAGGUAGGAGAAGCCCUGUAAAACAGGCAGUGCUUAAAAUGCCACAGAUGCAGUAGGUAUGCAACUUUGUGUUGUGUUUUUACUUGAAUAUAACCCACAUGCCUAAAAUUUGAUGGGAUUAUCUUCGGAUUAUUAACAACUCUCAACUCGACUUCACCUUAGUUCUCUCACAUAGCACGAACAUUACCUUUUCAGAUGGCCGUUAUUUCUUUAAGGAAUGAAAUUUGCACAUCUGAAUGCCACUAUCCAUUUUUUGUAAUCCUUUUUCAUGUCUUUCUAAUUAAUUCGUUCUUCAGAGUACUUUGGUAUAGAAAUUUCAAGCAUUUCAAUCACGAUUAUAAACACAUCAAAACUAUUUCACUCUAUUUUUAUACUUGUAUUCUCGUAGGUGUAUUUAUCGAAAUUCCUGUUUAAAAAUUCUAUUAAUAUCUUCAAUAUUACCUAUAAAUAGCAUUUCAGAAUUCCUGUUAGUAUUGUGCUUGGUAUGUAUACAGGGAAUAAUUUUACAAUGAAUAAAAUAUUUAUCACUAAAAUAA